CUUUCCCUCUCCGCGAGGAGCGAAUGCCAACGGACUACAUCAGCAAUCGCUACAUGUCCAAGCUCGGCGUUCCACCGCAGGCCUGGGAGGAAUCCCUCGAUUUCGAUGAGGUCGCCAAGUAUUUUUCCAUGACCGUCGCGGAGGCCGCCAAUAUCCUUGGUGUUUGCCAGGCGACUCUGAAGCGAAUUUGCCGAGAGAACGGGCUCUCCAGAUGGCCGCAUCGAAAGUUUAUGGGUGGAAAAAGCGUGGAAGAGAUCAAACAAGAUGCUUUGAGAGCCAAGCAAUUCCAGGCUCAAGAACAAAUGUAUAACCCACAACCCAGCAACUAUGGUCAAGUUCCUUCUCAGGCUUACGUGAUGCAAACUACACACGCGAAUUUACGACUGAGCACAACUGCGACGUAUAGAACGAAGAUGCCAAUUCCAUCCUUUCUGGACGACUUUCGGAACGGUUAUCCUCUCAAGAACUUGGAUGCUGUCUGUGAUCGCUGGUGGGGAGGUUCUCCAGAUGUGAAUGAUACCAGCAGCGAUCAAGCUCAAGCUCGCAGCGCAGAUUUUGCCGAGUCCGUGGUGGACGCGACGCAGCUGGUAAGUCUUCGCAGAAAACGAGCGGAAUCACUGGAGACAGCGCUUGCGUCACCAAUCUCCAGGGGCUACGAUGGAUCCAAAGUCGAGAGCAGCCAAGAGGAAGUUCUCAAGUUUGUGUUUGGAGAGGAGAUGCCACAGCAGUGGACUUACGCAUUCGAUUGAAACUACUCGAGGAACAUUGCUAUUUGCUGGAAGAUCAGAUCGAGGAUCAUUCAUCAUUUUAAUCGGAGAAUCAAAGUACCCACCAUGGUUCUGUGCCAAAGAUACAAAGCACAUUCUUUUUUCCGUGGUACCGUACCACUCUCUUUGUAUGAGUAGACGAUUUCAUGCUUUUACCUGUCUUUUUAAUUGUGUUUUCCAA